CUCCGAGGUUUGAAUAGACGUCAUCAGCGCGCGACGCAGCGUGCAGGACUGUGAAGGACGCCAGCGAGAGGAUUGGGAUGAAAUAAAUCACUUAUAAAGCUCUGUCAAGGGGACGUCGUGAUGGCGGUGUGGUGUUUAACUCAAGCCCUGCGCUCCCUGACUGUCUCCCAGCCUGCCCUGCUGGCCUCUCAGGCAGUAGCACAGACCAAGCUGGGGACUCAGGUGUGUGUUGGACAGUGCAGAGGCUUCCUCACCACAGCCUCUCUGCAGCAGAACAGGACUCUGUGGAAGCAGAGGGAGAAGUACACCAUCAAGCCUAUAGGAAAGAAAAAGACGGGAGGCCGAGAUCACUCAGGAAGGAUACGGACACAUGGCAUUGGCGGCGGCCACAAACAAAAAUACCGGUGGAUAGACUUCCAGCGACUGCGCUAUGAACCCAGCAAAGAUGCCCAGCCCUUUGAAGAGAAGGUCGUCGAAGUGCGAUACGACCCAUGCAGGUCUGCUGACAUUGCUCUGGUGGCUGGAGGCGCCCGGAAAAGAUGGAUCAUUGCAACAGAGAACAUGCAGGCUGGAGACGUCAUUAAAACAUCUGGAGUUAUUGGGCGCAUGGCAGUCUCAGCCAAUGAAGGCGAUGCCUACCCACUGGGAGCUCUUCCUGUGGGGACACUGGUGAACAAUCUGGAGAUACAACCGGGGAAGGGAUCAGAGUACAUCCGUGCUGCAGGCACAAGUGGUGUUUUGCUCCGUAAAGUAAACGGAACAGCGAUCGUUCAGCUUCCUUCGAAGCAGCAGGUUCAGGUAUUGGAGACCUGCAUGGUAACGGUGGGACGCGUAUCCAAUAUCGACCAUAAUAAAGAGAUCAUUGGCAAAGCUGGUCGCAAUCGGUGGUUUGGCGUUCGCCCUUCGAGCGGCUUGUGGCAGAGGAAGGGAGGCUGGGCAGGACGCAAGAUUAAACCGCUACCUCCGAUGAAGAGUUACGUCAACCUGCCCUCAAUCUCAGCUAAAUAACACAACACAAGUCUGGACAUUUGGGACUGGAGAUUGGUUAUAAUCGCCUUGUAUUAUUAUUUACUUGUAUUUACAAUGAAGUCACAGUAAAUCGAUUGUUCAGAGGAGAAAAGAUGAAUAAAGACAUGCUGUUUGUACAGAAGAUUAAAAAUUUUAUUAAACACAA